AUGGCUACUCCGACUAAGAUACAUUUGACCCCUGAGACCGCCGGUGUUAUCAACCUCAAGCUUCAAACUUCAGAAACAGCAGCUAAAACUUCAGAACUCCUUCAAGAGAAUCAUGAGCAAAAUCACAUAUUCUUCAAUCAGGAAGGCUUCCAUAAUCACAUUGUCCAUCACUUGUUGACUCUCUAUGGCCUCGGGGCUUCAAAGUCCCAAAUCGAGAGAGCAUUCAAAGACAAUACAAACUAUCAACGCCCAGCUACUGCCGUCAAAGAACGAGUUGUGGAAGACAUGAGCAAUCCCGAUCAUUUCAAAAAGUAUCUCGGAAAGGAGAAAUACUAUCAUGACUUCCUCAUUUUCUUCCAAACAGAAAUGGAGAAGAAAGGUUGGGAGAACACUCUAAAAGAGUUCCUAUUCGCCGGCGACGAACGAGCAGACGACAUCCUCGGACGAAUGUACGCUGGUUUCCUCCAUCCCAUCAUCCACCUCGGCUUCGGCAUCGAAUUCAAACAACCAGCCAUAAUCUGCGAAGCCCUCGCCCAAGCCUGCGUCCACGACCUCUGGACCUCCAAAUACCUGCUCGCCGUCGAAAAAGCCAUCCAAUCCAACCCACCGAAACCCACCAGCGCCACCAUCCCCGGCCUCCUAACUGCUAUCCGCACCGACAAGAAACUCUCCACCGCCGCCGAAUGGAACGACGGCAACAAAAUCCGCGACGGGAUCCUCGUCCGCGCGCCCUCAGAAAUGAUCUCCUACGCCUCGCAAUGGGUCGCCUCUCCGUCCACGCUCAAGCAACAAACGGUCGAGAUGACCAAUUCGGCAAUCUACUUCACGGCUGCUGCUCAGAAGCCCCCGAAACAGGUCAAGUUUGAUUUCUACUACAUGCAUUGCGUCAACUCUUCCAUUUUCUUCCAAACAUUCUUCGCCUUGCCGUUUUUGAGCGAGGAAAAUAAGUGCAGGAUGUUAAACUUCAAGGUCUGGCUCGAUCUAGCUAUGUAUGCCUCGCGCCGCUCUCCAGCUCUUUUGCAGGAAGAGAUCUCGACGUACGUCCCAGCCAAAUUGCCGGCUGAGACGGCGGUCACGAAUGGGCACGGGACGGCGAAGGAUACGGAGUGGCCGGGGAUCUUUGAGCGGUUGUUUGAGUUUGGCGAUGAUGGGCAUGCGGUGAAGCUUGGGCGGGCGGUGAGGAAUGGAGAGGUUGUUAGUGAGGGGUUUGAGGGCGAGGGGUGGUGUAAGGUUAAGGGGUUUAUGUGGGAGAAGAUUGGGAAUAUGGUUGUUGAUAGUGUGGAGGCGCCUGGGGCGACGUGGGCUAGGAGUGUAGGUUUUGAUGAGGCUUGGGAGGAAUAUGAGGACCGACCGAGGAUGGCACAGCUAUGA